AUGGGGGUACUUCCAUUGAACAAGAGGUUCAGGAGAAUGAAUCUGUUUGAUGUGGGAAGAUGUAUAAUUGAAGGAGUGGAAUACGUUGAGGAAGUUCUUGAGUCUAAUAUCUGCAUCACAAAGGAGUACGAAAAGGAUCUCUACGUACCGCUUCUACUUCCGAGGCUAAGGACAGACGAAUUCACCGAAGAGGAUUAUAGAAAUAAUGUGACCAUUGUCUGUUUGACGUCUUUGAGCCUGAGCUCACUGGAUGGAUUCCUACUACGCUUCUUCAGAGGCUUUACACUUAAAAAGACAGACACAGGGGCCGAGGUUGAAUUCAUCGAAAGGCAGGAUGCCACAGAGUGUUUGUACUUGAGCAAUAGCGACUUCACUUUCCUCCGGCCUAUAGGCUACAUAGAGCUUCCAAGGGCUCCCGAGGCAAGAAAUAAGGGAAGUAAAUACUGCAGAGAUGUUCCGUGCACCAGAGACAAAAUCUUACUCGGCCCGUUGAACAUAGAUUCAAACCUUCUUAGAGAUGCUCUUGAUGAAAUAUCACCUUUGCAAAGCUUUAGAGUGUGUAGAAACCCUUUAUAUUUUGUAUUUACAUUUAGAAACUCUGAGUUUUGUGAGCCUUUCGUCAAAGCUACAAGUCACAUAUUUAUCUCGGACGCAGGCCGGUCUUUAGUUUCUAUAAGGGCUUACAAAGGGUGUUCUAUACUGAAUCUCGGGAAGAAUAUCCCUCACCUUGUUCCCAGAAGAAUGACAGGUCCUAUUGCACUCAGUAAGGAAAGGACCAGGAUAGUGACGGUUCUGAAUGUACUAGGGCCCUGGGACCUGGAUGUAUCAAAGAUUGUGGAAGAGAUAAAGAGUAGAUGUUCCAAGUACAAAGGAGUAAAAGAUGUGAUGGUGCCUAGAGACAGUCUUAGGUCUGGUAGACAGCCAGGGAGUUCUCGAGUUUUUAUAGAAUGCAAGGACCUAGAAACAUCUGAAAAGGUUUAUGACGAGCUAGGAGGACUUAUUUACAAAGAUCGGAUUGUGGCCACUGGCUACUAUCCUGAGUUAAACUAUGCUGCUGGAGAAUAUGAAUGA